CCAGUCUCUUCCUCGCUAUGCAAAAAGGAGAGGGCAAAUACAAGAGAAGGCGUCUGAAUACAGACUUUAGCCUCUGAAAAUGUAAAUUUCUGCAAACUUCCGGGCUGAUUUUCUCUGAGAGUUGCCUAGAUAUUCUCAAGUUUGUUCCUCAAGGUUAAGGCAGUAUGGAAGUUGACGACGAUACAAAUGAAGCCGUUUAUUCGAGCGGCGAAGAAGGUGGUACAACUGUCAUGUCAGAGAGAGUGUCGAACUUGGCGAAUAGCAUCUACAGUGAAUUUGAACGGAUGAUACAGAAAUACGACCAAGAUGUUGUAUCAGGGCUCAUGCCGUUGAUGGUGUCAGUGCUGGAACAGUUGGACAGUGCCUAUGGCGAUAAUAACGAGCAACUCGUCGAGCUUGAAAUCUUAAGCGACGACAACGAGCAACUUAUAACGCAAUACGAACGCGAAAAACAGUUGAGAAAGCUUGCUGAAAAUAGAUAUCUGGAAAUUGAAGAUCAGAUUGAAGCAGAGAAGAGGAAUGCGGAAAAAGAUAUAGAGAGCCUUGAACAUGACAACAGAGGUCUUGAGGCUAGAAUAAAAAGUUACCAGGAUCAUGUCGAGCGACUGGAGGAAAGAAUAUCUGAGAUGAAAAGGGAGUAUGGCUCAUUGCAUCAAAGACAUUCAGAGGUUGUGCAACACUACAUGGAGAGAAUUGAAAGAGCAGAGAAAAGAUCUAUUGCAUCAACAGAGACACCACAGAAAGGCCUAAACAGACUCAAGAACCAGCCACCUGGCAUCCGCUCCCCAAUUGGUCCACCAGGGAGUUCUGUUCCUGAGUUAUCAGGGGAUGAGGGUACGGCCAGCCCUGUUGGCUCUAUACCCAAGAGUCCAGAGGCCGACAUGACCUCUCCUCCUGCCUUUGUGGAUGGUGGUGACAAGAAUGUACUUUCUCUGAGGGAUGAGUCUAUGACAGAGGAUGCCACAAGCUCAACAGGACUGGAGAAAAGCCAGGGCGCAAACGUCGAUGGCUUAGAUGUCAACAACAGCACCUGCAGCAUCUCUGAUGUGGACAACUUGCCGAUUGUGUCAGCGAGGGAAGCUGCCAAUAUGCUGACCCCUGGUUCAUCUGAUGUAUCACUGACUGGAAUCAGCAAAGAUGCUGCUGCAAUACUUGCCUCUACCCCUGAACUUUCAGGCAGCAAUGUUGUAACAGAGGUGGCGAGGCGGGAAAAAGGCAGCAGCAGUGCUAAUCGACCGGUAUCGCUUGAUCUAGAAAAUCUACCUGAGGGUGUUGCAGCAAGUUCAUUGUUUGCAGAGCUAUCGUCGGAGGAGCCAGAUGUGAUUGGCCAGAUGGACACAGGGGCAGAUAUUAUAGCCAUGGGCAGAGAGCUGGAAAAUGUAAUGAAAGAAAAUAAGGAGCUUGUCACUGUGAAGAACAAGCUAGAGACACAGAAAAAUGACUUGUUGAAGCGACUAGAAGAACUGUCCAAUGAUAAGGAAGUGAUGACAGAAGAGCUGAAAUCCCUGCAGGAGGUCAAACAACGCAUGAAUAUCAGAGUUACUGAGUGUGAACAUGAACUUAAACGGACCAAGCAUGAAGCCGAGAAGGCAACAGUUGCUCUUAAAGAGGCCAGUGUGUCAGCAGCUCAUAGGAAGCGGUUUACCAGGGUAGAGAUGGCAAGAGUGUUGAUGGAGCGAAACCAGUACAAGGAGAGGCUGAUGGAGCUCCAGGAGGCUGUCAGAUGGACUGAGAUGAUCAGGGCCUCUAAAGAACGAAAUUUAGAAUUGCAGCAGAAGAAAAAGUCUUCAAUCUGGAAAUUCUUUAGCAAUCUCUUUGGGCCAACCCCAAGAGCAAGACCCAACCCUUCCACCGUCAGCAUUAGGUAUAACUCAGGUGAAGGCCAAGGCACACCUCCAGCCCGGCGACACAACUCACUCACCAACCUCAACACUGGCUCAAACAUGAGUGGCGGUUAUGGAAGUGAGAACUUUGAUAGGCAGCGAUUGAAUGAGCGGCGUGAGCGUUACAAGCAGGUUAGGGCUUACCUGAACACUGAUUUGAGCGAAGGGCGGAUGCAGGCAUAUGGAUGGAGCCUACCUGCCAAGUACUCCAGCGAGGUGGCUGAGGGGGGCAAGAGCCUUGUCUCGGUCCCAGUGCCUGUAUACUGCAGGCCACUGAACCUGUCUGACCCAGGAAUGAAGAUCUGGUGUGCGGCUGGCGUGGACCUAAGUGGGGGCUACACUAGUGACGGUGGUGCUGCUAUUGGUGCUAGUGUCUUCUAUGCAGAUAGCCCUGGUGGAGAAGAUGUGGAGAUCAAGGAGGCAAAGCCUUCCACCACCUGGAUAGGUAGCAGCACUCACUCAUGUAGCAAGAUCACCAUCAUCGAUGCCAACUAUCCCCAGAACAUCCUGGAUUGCUUUGUCGUGUGCACAUCCCAUCUCCUUUGUAUCACAGCAGUCCCUGGGGCCAGUCCUGGUGACUAUGAUGCUGCCAGUGUGGGAGACGGAUCAAAGGAAAGUAUUACUGGAAGUCAAGACUCCAUGCUGUCUGGAGCGAGCUCUGACUUCUCUGAUCCCUUAGGUGCUCGAGUGUCGUCGGCGCCACAGGAUUCCCAAACUUGCGACAAACAACCUGUGUCUGAUUCACCAACUGUGACUGAUGUGUCAACAAGCGAGAGCGACCGGGUGGAUGCGAGGUCUGCUGAUGGUGAGGGUACCAAGAUGAGCAGUGUGCUACCGACGAUGUGGCUAGGAGCUCAGUCAGGAUGUGUGUAUGUGCAUUCGGCCAUAUCGCAGUGGAGGACAUGCAUCCAGUCUAUACGUCUCAAGGACUCCGUCCUCAGCAUCGUUCAUGUGAAAGGACGUGUUCUUGUUGCACUGGCAGAUGGAACAGUCGCCAUAUUUCACCGAUCAUCAGAUGGCCAGUGGAACUUCAACAACUACCACCUGCUUGACCUCGGGCGCCCACACCACUCCAUCCGGUGCAUGGCAAUGGUGCACGAUAAAGUGUGGUGUGGCUAUCGGAACAAGAUCCAAGUGAUCCAUCCCAGGACCAUGAGAGUCGAGAAAACGUUUGACGCUCAUCCUCGGCGUGAGAGUCAAGUCCGGCAGUUAGCGUGGAUAGGGGACGGAGUGUGGGUGUCCAUCCGUUUGGACAGCACUUUGAGACUAUAUAACGCUCAGACGUACCACCAUCUGCAGGACAUUGAUAUUGAGCCCUAUGUCAGCAAGAUGCUGGGCACCGGUAAACUUGGCUUCUCCUUCGUGCGCAUCACCUCCCUGCUCCUCACCAAUGACAGGCUUUGGGUCGGAACCGGAAAUGGCGUCAUACUGUCUGUCCCACUGGUUGCGGCGCGGCCCGCAAGGGAUGAUGGAGAUCAGCAGCUGGCUGUGACGAGUAGCCCUGCAAAGGGUGGUCCAGGGGGUCCUGUCCGGGUGUACAGUAAUGAAGGAAAAGAUGGCGACGCUCUGGUGAGCUCAAGCAGCUUCAUGCCAUAUUGCUCAAUGGUGAACGCCCAGCUGUCAUUCCACGGUCACCGAGACUCCGUCAAGUUCUUCGUGGCCGUGCAAGGCUUCAUGAAACGCGUAUCCAGUAGCCAAUCAGUGAGCACUCAGACUCAGACCUCCCCCAACCAGACUCCACCCAGCAGUAACAGCCCGGAGAAGAGGAACCAGGACAUGAUGUUAGUGCUGAGUGGGGGGGAGGGGUACGUGGAUUUUAGACUUGGCGAUGGUGAGGAGGCGGCCGUGGAGGACUCGGCCGGAGACCUGAUAUCAGUCACCCUCAAAGGGCAAUCCACCAGCGAAAGGAGCCAUAUUAUGGUCUGGCAAGUCGCAUCUAACUAGCCGUUACGUCAUCGUGGCAAAAAGUGACGUCAUCGCAGUCUUGACUUUACGUCUUUAUCGAGAGUUGUCUAGAUAGAUAUGACGUAAGCAUGUAAGGCUGCAUGUUAUUGGCCGUGACGUCAUUGUGGCAAUGUAUCGUAGUUAGACAUAAUGUAAGCAUGCAAAGUUGACUCGCGCUUGUCGUGACGUAAUUUUAGCUGGUUGUUCUUAGCUGGAUGUGGAAUCGUCAGUAAUUUUCCUCGCAGCUAUGACGGCAGUGACGUCGGCGUAUGGUAUGAUGAGGUGUUCUAUCUUUGUGUUUAAAAAUCAUCUCUGUUCAGAUGUUAGCAUCUUGAGAAUUGAAAUGAGAAUUACGAUUCUCAGUUCAUCAAACAAGAGAUCUACAAUCGAAAAAUAGGAAAAUCUUAAAAUGUGAAGUGCGAUAUGUCGCGAAACAUUUACCAUAUCCAAAGAAAAGGUGAUUUAGAAUGCGUGAGUGUAAUUGCCGGUGACAGGUAAGAUGCGGCAUCUAGUUAUGGUAUCGAGGCCGUGUUAUUAUGCGAGAUUCAUUCCAGGUUUAGUAUUUCUCAUUGGACCGUUUUUCAGAUAAUGGGGUCCUGAGACAUUCGUGUUUGAUAGCGAGGAUUUUUGUAGAUAGGCUUUUGUUCACAGCCAACUUGCAAAAUUACCGCAUUUUAUCUCUUGCCUGACGAAACAAGCAAAGAAUAAUAAGAAAGCUGCAAGCAAAGUCUGGCUUGUGAAUGCCUCGUUUACCAGCUUGAAUUACACAAGACUCGCAAUAUCUGGUAAAUAGUCAUGGUUUAUCCUUUAUUUUCGCUUUUUUGAGGUUUUCGAUUCGUUCGAGUUUCUGGUUACUCAUUCUCUUUGAAAAAGUACGUUUUUCUUAAAGCAACAAAGGUCCCGCAAUUUUUUCUGAAGUUGCUAAAGAAGGAGUGAAUUCCAAUACUCUAUAUAUCUGCUACUUUUAAGAAAUUUAUUUUUGUAUAGCUAUAUUCUGUUAAAAUUGGCGAUGAAGCUAGAUCGAUAAGGUAUUUUACGUUGACAGAUUUUUAUUGACUAAAAUUUCUUUUAAAGGUAAAAAGGCGCAUUUUUUUCUUAACUAUUUAAAAAAAGUAAGUCCACUAUAUAGUAAUUUGAGGGGUAUGUAAAUAAAACUAACGCUAUGGAGAAAGUAUUUUUCGUCUAGGAUAUUUUUGGCUCUUGGAUUUUCUGUCGAACAGCGCCAACAUUGCUGUGUUGUUGGUGUAUCUCGUUGGUAGGUGCCGCCAAGGGUUCGUGUUGUUUUUCUUGUAGUUUCCCGAGCGAGGCUGCGCCAUCAAUGCUGGGAAUGGGAAUGUUACCACUUGUUUGCCCGAGUUCGUAAAUAGAGGGUUAGAAUUAUGUAUGAUUGUUGGCAGUUAUUUUCGAAACCAUGUACAUGUGUAAUGAAGAUAAGUAAGGUAAUCGGAACUAAGUUAACUUGUAUAUUAAUCGUAUUAUUUUAAUUGUAACGCUGUAUAAGGACGGAAGGGCUACAAAGAUGACGACGACUCAAAGUAGCGCGCUGAGACUUGAAGACCAUGUGAUAGGGGGCGGUAACGAGAAAAAUACGUUCAUUUCACGGUCUUUCCAUAAUGGGGACAUGGCUUUAAUUCCCAUUGUGAAAUUAUAAUAUCAAAAUUCUAAGUGUAGAAUGGAAGAAAAGUGUUCAAAAAGUUUGCCGUUUCAAAUCAUAUUAUUUUUUUCGAUAUAUCAUAUACUUUAAGGUAUCGUUGCGAUGCAUCGCCCUUCUAUUUGUGUAAAGCCCUUUUGCACCUCAAGCGUGUGAAAACAUAGAGGCACUCUUGUCCCAGACGUUUUUCUAGGUAUCUGAUUGGGCUUCCUUUGGUCUGAUUGGGUUUCCUGUGGCCGUUCGUGGGUUUGCUCGUCCCAUAGCCCUCACGGUUCAUCUCUAAGGACAGGACCCCUGUAAGAACGCCUGGGACUUGGUUAACAGAAGGCUAGAAAUGUAAGACCAUACAUAUAUAUAGAGUAGUACUAUUUCAAAAUGUAGUAUACUCGCCUGCAAAAAUGACAAAAUUGAAUGAAAAGAAUAAUCAUAUUAACCAGUUCUAUGUUUAGUAUCAAGAAUGAAAUCAUUUGUUCUUGGUGUGUAACUUAUUCUCCCCAAAUUGUACUGAGUUAUGCUAAAAGAAAAUUAAUUUAAGUCGAACCUUAAAUAAAUUAUGAAACUACU